AUGACUAAUAGGUUGGCUUUUGAGGCAUUGGAUAGAACCCUUCGUGAUAUAAUGUCGUCUGUGUCUGUUGUUAACAAAGAUUUACCAUUUGGUGGAAAAAUAAUUGUUUUGGGUGGUGAUUUCCGACAAGUAUUGCCUGUUGUCCCCAAAGCUUCCAGAGCUGAGAUUGUGAUGGCCACUAUUAAUUCUUCAAUUCUUUGGAAGCAUUUUGAGGUAUUAACCUUAACAAAGAAUAUGAGAUUGGAUAGUGCAUUGGAAGAAGCUGUUGUAGAGGAGUUAAGAUCCUUUUCAGACUGGAUACUUCAGAUAGGAGAGGGAAAAUCUGGUGUGAUUAUCAAUGAAAAACUUUGUGUUGAAGUACCAACUGAUUUGCUUAUUGAUACUUCUGAUAAUCCGGUUGAAGAUAUUAUAAAUGUGGAUAGAGCAAUUUUGGCUCCAACGGUUGAAAUUGUUGAAGAGAUUAAUAACUACAUAGUUAACCUGUUACCGGGUGAAGAAAAGGAGUAUUUGAGUGCCGAUAUUAUUUGUGGUAGUGAUGCUUAUGGUGAUAUUGAUUAUAUUGUUGAUAUAUCUUUACUAAAACUAAUUCAAGAUGAGUUGGGAUUGAACUAUUUUGAUGGACUGGAUGAUGUUUCAUAUGGUAUAGAAGAUAAUGAGAUGUAUCAAAAUAUGAAAAGUUCUGGUGUGCAAAGGAUUCAAACGAACACUUCCAAUGGAACUACUGUCAAGAAGAGAUGUGUUGCUGAACAUUAUAGCAAGAGGUUAACGGAGUAUGAUAUGAAGGCUGAUCGAUUUUAUAUUCGCUGUGAGUUUGCUAGAUUAUUGCUUAAGAGUGGUGGAUCGGAACAAUGGAAAUUUACUGUUAAGGGCUCAAAGAUUACUAAAACCUUUGCAAUGCAUGUCUUGAAAAGUAAGGGCAAGAAUCGAGAGUACAAAAUUGGACCCAAAUGGAAAGAUUUUGUCAAGAUGCAUAAACUUAGGCCUGGAUAUUUAUGUGUAUUUAGAAGUGUUUCAAACAAAAAUCAUUUGGUUCAGGUUUCUGUGGUUAGAAACUAA